AUGCCGCCACCAGUCCGAAACCCAACGUACAUGCUCGCGCCCAAUUGGACCUUCCUCCCGGGAGGCCCAAUUGGUCUCGGCAACAUCAUUGCGGAUCCCUUCUAUCCCCAUAUCGUGCUUACUCGACCCGCCAUAGACCCCGAGUCCUCGCCAUCUGUCCAACGGGCCCUUGAGAGGGAUUGCCAGCUGCAGUCAGGUUCCAAGCUGGGUGUGUCGGUCGGCCUUUGGGCAAGAUUCCUCGAUAGUGUUGGCCUGAAUCUGAGGACGAAGCACGAGAACCAACGAAGCACAACGUACAAAAUGAGCAGCCUCGAGACCUUGUACUACACGGACAUGCCCACCUUGGCAGAAGUCCAGGAGCGGAUCGAGGACCCUGUCGUCCACGAGCUGAUGCGCCUGAACAACCCCUUCUCCAAGCCCGUGUACAUGGUUACCGGGCUCAAGAUUGCCAAGGGCUUCUCCCUCUCCGACAGCGGGUCUUCCACCAAUGGCGGCUCUGUGGGAAGUGACAUCCCGAUUGCCGGCGGGCCUGCUACUGUUGGGGCCGAGGCCGCCGUCGAGGUUGAGAAGGAGCAUAGCUACAAAUCCGAGGCUGGGUCCGACAUUGUUUUCGCGUAUCAGCUGAUGACGAUUGCACCCAAAGGCUGGAAGAAAAAGACAUUCAGGUUGGCCGAGCACCAUUCCUCGGCCGUUUUCCUUGGCGACGAUGAUGACGAGGAGGAACCGGCAAUUGAGGUUGAACUAGACUACCCCAAGGUAGCAGACCUAAAGGAAUUCGGCACGGACUUCUCGCACAUGACGGUUAUGGACGGUGUGGGAGAAUGCAUAUGUAUUGCAUAUGAAGGAGAGGAAUGA